AUGGUAUUGGUCGGGAAAGGUAAUGCCUCCUGCCUACCAAAUUCGCUUAACGAGUUCGGCCUAUCACUUCCAGGGAGUCUGGAAGAGUACUUUAGAAGGUGUCUGAACCUCACCGAGGACACCGACCUCUUCCGACUGCUCAUCACAGAAUUAAAGGGUCUCCACGAGGGCAACCGACUGCGCCAGUCGGAGCUCAUUGCACUCAUCGCGGUGAACACGUUCCUGAUGUUGUUUGGAGCUACGGGUGCGCUUGUCCUAAUCGUCGCUGUGGUCCGCAAACCAAGAAUCCGCACUCCACGAACCAUGCUCACGGUGAACCUAGCCGUCUCCGAUCUCACACUCUGCCUCUUCACUCAGCCCUUCAACCUUAUUCGCACCCUUCACUGGCACUAUGAAUGGCGAUUCGGUGAAGUAAUGUGCAAGAUCACGUCGUUCGCGCAGGCUACAAACGUAUUUGUAGCCACAAUGAGCAUUACGGUGAUCGCCCUCGACAGAUUUCAUGUAAGCUUUCUUGAUUAUUCCCCAAAUCUUUAA